GUUGCGAGGAAUGUUAAUGUUUUGUUGGUGGACAGUUGAAUGAAGAAGCAACAGACACGUUAUUUUCCCCAUAUUCCUUCAUUUGUACAUGAUUGUAUGUCUGUGUUACGUUUUUAUAAAUGAUAAAUUCUAACACUGGAUAAGCCUCCAACAACAUGCGUCAAUUCCCGCGCAUUGCAUGUUGGUACCGAAUUGUAUGGAUCCGCCAUGAUGUCCAAGAAAACGAGCUCUACAUACAAGUUUGGAAGUGUUAUUUUUAAUAUUGUGACUGAGUGUGAAUGAAUUGCCAUAAUGGGAACGAAAUAAGGGUAUCGUAGGUUUAUUUAGUGCAGGGUAUAUACCCUCCGGGACCCUGCAAGGGCACGGUACUGUAGUUUUACCUGUCGUGGCCAAUGUGUUCGUAGCCUGUCAACAAAAAUGAGCAAGCUCUCGUUUCGGGCUCGGGCGCUGGACGCCUCAAAGCCCAUGCCAAUUUACAUGUCUGAAGAACUACCAGAUCUACCCGACUACUCGGCAAUUAACAGAGCAGUGCCACAAAUGCCAAGUGGAAUGGAAAAGGAGGAGGAAUGUGAACACCAUCUUCAGCGUGCUAUUUGCACAGGUCUCAUCAUCCCCACACCUGAGGUUGUAGACUUGGCUGAUGCAGAAGCAUACAACAAGAUUUAUCCCCUCGACUACAAACUUCCGCGACAGCUCAUCCAUAUGCAACCAUUUGCAAUGGAGCAAGACAUCCCAGACUAUGACAUGGAUUCAGAGGAUGAGAAAUGGGUUCAUUCACAGGCCAAGAAGAUGGACCUUUUGCCGUUGAAGUUUGAAGAGAUGAUGGACCGUUUGGAAAAAGGCAGUGGGCAGACAGUAGUCACUCUGCAGGAAGCCAAAUCUCUCUUGAAGGAAGAUGAUGAUUUGAUCAUUGCUGUAUAUGACUACUGGCUUAACAAGAGGCUGAAAACUCAACAUCCUCUGAUUCCUACUGUUAAAACGGAGCAUCGGUUGGGAUCAGCUGCAAAUAAUCCUUACCUUGCAUUCCGCCGUCGUACUGAAAAGAUGCAGACUCGUAAGAAUCGCAAAAAUGAUGAGACAUCUUAUGAGAAGAUGUUAAAACUACGACGGGACCUGAGUCGAGCUGUUACACUUCUUGAGCUUGUAAAACGAAGAGAGAAGACUAAACGUGAACAUCUCCACCUCACAGUAGAGAUCUAUGAAAAGAGGUAUCAAGCAAGUGAUUUCAGUGGUCAGAUGUUGGCAGAAGUGUCUGCCUUGAAGACACCACGCCCAGCAUUUGCUCCUCUCUUCACAAACCAGUUUGGGAUCAAUCACCAGAACUGGUUGAACAAAUUGUCAAGCAAGGAUGAGGUAGUUCCUAGGAAGGAGAAACGUCAGUAUAAAAGGCGGAAACACAAAACAGGAGUAGGUGCUGUAGGUAUUGGUUCUCAUGGACAUCGUCACAGUGGAUGUGGUUCCAUGGGUUCUGGGACUGAACUUCUGGGUUACAACUGUACUGCUGGUGGGGAGCUUUUGAGCUCAGAGGAUGAGGGAGAUGUUAUCCUAUCUGGACAGUCACCACAAUCUGAAGAUGAGGAACCUGAUCCCAGUGAGGGACCUUUCACUUUUAGGAGGAAGAAGUACUGCAAUUACCAUGCGCCCUUGUCAGGUGGUCUCGGCAAUUGGCCAUGGUGCAGUCGUGAUGAAGGUGGUCUAGCUGAUAGGAGGUACAGGUACUGCCUUACCUCUAUAUCAAACCCUGAGCAGAAGUGCAUUGGUUUUGCAAGGCGGAGGAUAGGUCGAGGAGGAAGAGUAAUACUAGACCGAGCAAGCACUGAGGCGGAUGACAUUUUCGCCUAUCUUGACUUUACUGUUCAUGACUCUGGGACAGUUUCUCGUAACAACAACCAAUUCCUGUCAGAAAUCAAGAAUGACUGGUUACACUUCCGACCGAAAACACCUCCUCUGUCCACUGGCAGUGAAGGCGAAGAUGCAGAUGUUGACAUCUUCAACUCUUCACGGGAAGAACCUCUCUUGUGUGGUCUGCCUGGUGUUGAUGGUUCUACGUUAACCGUGGAAGUGGAGACAUUAUCGGACAAUGUCUUCAAUAAUUCCAGUACCAUGUCUUCAUUGGAUAACACAAGUAGUAAUGUGACUACCACAGAACUGAACCUUUCAGAACUCAUGUCGAAUUCCCCUUCACAGUUGUUUGAAUUUCCACCAUCUGUAACAGAUGAUGAAAGCCUCGACAUUCUUGAAAGGUUAGGAAUAGCGUCUGGAAGCCUAAGUUCGCCCGAUGAAACCAAGUCAGGAAUCACUACAGAGGACUCGUCUAGAAAACUGGAUUCUUCAUCUCCGCCUGUUAGUAGCUGGGAUCCCGUUAUUGGAUGUUCGAAAUUCAUUCUUCAGCCAAGUUCCAGCCUCAGGUUUAGCACUGCUCAUGACCCUUUCUCACUCUCUCCCAUCUCAGCAUCUGCUGUUACAAACCACACUCCUCCCACAUCUACCCCUAAUCAAUAUCAUCCCUCUGCUCUCCAUCAUCACUCACAUCAUCACUUCCAUCACCAUCACCAUCAUAGGAGAAGACACAGACAUCAUCUGUCAACCGUUACAUCAACAUCGAAUUUCCUAACUAGUCCUUUAUCUACAAGAAACAGUAAUUCUAACAUUAGUGGUUUUAGUAAUGGUGGAUUAGUGUUGAAUCAUGAGCCAAGUACUAGUGUUAGUGGUGGGUUCAGCAUGGCAAUGCCAUCAACUAGUGCAAGUGAGAAUGUGUUAAUUCGUGCUUCUGGUGCUGCUUCUACAGGGUUUGGUGGGGGAAUGCAGAAUUUAACCAAUGGACCCAUCUCUACAGAAUUUCCAGGCACUAGCAGAUCAAGGUUAUCAGUACACACAAGCAGAAGUCAUCACCAGCAUCAGUCCAACUCAUGUUACACAACAUCGCUUCAGCUUGGCCAUCAAGGUUUAGGUCCGUCCACUUUAACUCAUCCUGCUACUAGUUCUGCUACGCUUAGUUUCAGUGGCAACCACCACCGGACGCUCAUUGCAACUCAGCAGAUACUAUCAGCUACAGGCAACUUUCAACACAACUACAACAGGAUGGUAGUGACAACAAAAUCAACAGUUUCAGUUACAACACCACCUGUGAUGGCUUCUGCUGCUGGUAGUGAUGGUGGUGGUGAUAUUAUUGCUACUGCGAACAUUAAACAGGAACCAGGCGUUGCAGGGGAAGUUACGCUUAACAGUGGUGAAGGUUUGGAAGGUGAUGUGAACAGUAAAGACAAGGCAAGUAACCAAUUGUGUGUUGACAAGAAGCAGCUUGUUAGGAAAAACAAUUCCCUCCCCAUGGAAGUCACUUGAUGAAGGAAAACAACCCAUCUGUUCGGGAAUUGAAGAAUGAAUAUGAAAUUUGUUAGUAGGACUUUGGGAAAAAUGCUACAGAUGAAAUUGUAAGGUAUGGUGAAAGAUUGGAUGAAAGGUAAAAUUGAAGAUAGAAAUUAUGGUAGUUUCUAUGAAGGAACACAAAACAGAGAACAAUGUAGUAUUGAGAAGUUUCAUAGAUAAAAGCGGUAUUGUAGGUAAAGGGAAGUUCAGUACAUUUAUUUGCAUCUUUUCUUGCCAUAAGUAGUGGCUGAAGUUGCGUAAGACACAUUUUGUACCUUGUGACAGUACAUAAAGAGGAUCACUUGUUGUCCUUGUGACUGCAGUAUAUGCAACACUGAGCAGCAGAUUUUAAAAUACCUUUAUUUAUUAAUUGAAAUUAAUAUCUGUGCAUGUUGUGUUGUUACUGGUGGCCUUACACUAUAACGGUAAUAUUUCUGUGAAUACAAUAAUCAGAAAUAUGGAAAAUCCCAAAAUAGCCCGUAGUGUUUGGCUUCAUAUAUUUUGAAGUCCAUUUUUUAUGGAACACUUCCUAUGUCUUUUAUGCAAUAUUCUGCUACAAAGUAUUUCCUCUUUUUUGUGUUUAGGACGUGUUCCACAACAAAUUUCAAGGCUGUUCAUGGCUAUGUCAUUGCAAGAAUAUAGAGUUGACACACACUUAGUUUUAUUGUAUUUAUUUCAUGUAAAGAAAAUUAUGUUAAACAACUGAAGAAUAUGGAAUUUUAAGAAAACAAUUACAGUACAGUAUUCUGACAUGGUUUGGUAACAUGCAAGCGCCAGUUUAAAUAACCUGAGGACAGGAGGAUUCACAUAAAUGCAUUCUUGAAGUGAAAUGUGUGCAGUUUAUGUAUUUCAGAUUAUGUGAGGGGACCUCAUACAUGAAAUUCAGCAUUGCCUUGAUCACUCAUUUAGAAGAUAAUUUUUGUAGAAAAGAUUAGAAAAUUAAAUCCAUUCAUAUUUAUAACAACCAAGUACCAACAAAGGAAAAAGCAAGCACAAAUGUGGAUUAAAAGGACAAAGAUGCUGAUGCAAUUAAACAUACCAGAAAAAGAUGGAGGAGAUAACAGUUCACUAGUAUAAGGGCUUUUACUAGCACAAAAUAAAAUAACUAAACAUCAUACAAGUAUGUAGAAACCACUCAGAAGCUGAAGCAACUACACAGAACAGCUUGCAGAAUUUUAACAGGAUUGUAAUUAAGUAAAAAGGAGAACUUUCUGAUAUAAUUAAAGUAAACUAGAUGAAGGAGGAAAAUCUGUACUUGUAUAAGUUUUUUAUUUUUUUUAGACUGGAUCCCCCUGCCAGACACUUGAGUCUGUAUAUCUCUUCUGGUUUCUUUUCUGUUCCUCUUUCUGUAGUAGCUUUUUCAAAAAAAUUACAUUGCAGCUCUAUAACAUGCAGACAGAUGUUGAUGACUAACAUGUCACAAACAUGCCUUUGGAAACACCAAGACAGGGCAGCAAGUGUAUUUCUCUUUGGUAUGAAGUGGCAGCCACUCUUGCCACUUCGCUGAUUGCAGUGUGCAUUUUAAUCACCUAGACUAAGCAUGGUGGCCUCUAAGUCAAAAUUAGUAAGCAGCCAUGAAUAUAAGAGCACAAGGAUUUCUACUGGAGUCUUGGUAAUUGUAUACGUUUUCUCAGUUGGUGAAAAUACUUUGGUCAUGCACUUGGGCAUUUAUUUGUAUUUGAGAAUGUAUGCUGUAUGUCACCACAAUUCUGUAAUAGUUGAUGUGUCAAGAAAAUUUUGUCCUUAUAAAACUGGUAACUUGAACAUGCUGAGAAAAAUCCUGUUCAAAUUAUUAAGGAAAAUGAUAAACAAACAAAACAUGUAGAUGUUAUUGUACUUCAAUGAUAUGGAUAACAAAUUAUACAAGAGACUGUCAAAUGAAAGCUGGCUAUCCUUCACACUGUACUAAUCAGUAAUAUAUGUCUGCAAUGCUGGCUGACAAACUCCCUAAACCAAUUUGAUAUGGGUGGGGUGUGAUAAAAGAUUAAGGUAUUCAGUUAGUGUUUGUGCAGAUGGAACUUCAGCAAGACAGUGCAUACCAUAGUUGUAUUGAUCCUGAUGUGUGAUGUGGCUGCUGUAAUGUUUGCUCUUCCUCACUGCUGGAAACACUAAUGCUUGUAUUUGUACAUGACAGUUUACAAAAGAAUGUUUUAAUGAUAUAGUUUACUAGGUUGUGAUGUUGCGUGGUCUUGUAGUUGGUUACUAAUUCACUGGAGGACCUGGAAAUGGAGGUGAUGUGUUCCUCUUCAAGACGGUGGUAACCAUGUACAAGAUUGUGCAGUGUCAGAACCCAGUAGACCACAAUCAACAUCUUCACCAUCAUCAAUACCUCAAAUCUCAGAAUGUUGUAAUGACUGCAGUGAUGUGUAUAAACCCAUGGAAUAAAAUGUGUGUUAUGAUUUUUUUCUGCUUGAGUUAAGAACACCUUACAGAGGUUUGAAGUUGAAAAGAAAUAUGAUCCUGUAUCACAUAUAUGAUUUAAAAUUCCCUUUAUCACAAGAACCAAGUAAGGCAAUAUUAUUCAUGUCUGAAUAUGUGUUGAUAUAACCACGGUCCUCAGUAAUUCUGAGCAUAGCAUAACUCAUAUUCUUUGUGUAGAUUAGACAGCAGAGAAGAACUUGGGGAGUAGGAAUCGGUGAGGAACAAUGCAAUAGAAAUAUGGCACAAAUAAUAUGUAGAAUCAUGCUUGGAAACAUAAACCUGAUCUUUUCAUUCUCACUGUAGACCUUGAAUGGGACAUUGUGAGAAAAACAAAAUAUAUUCAGUUUGAACACAAUUUUUAGAUUUCCUGGUAUUCAGUUCAGAAUUUCUGACCCCUUUUAUCAUGAUAUUAUUGUUUGUCAAGGAUUCUAACAGAAAUACAUUAAUGGUUUUGGAUACUGUUAAAGAAACAAAUGUACACUUUUCUUCAUAUUUUCAGAAUAUACUGUAAUUGUAAACUACUUCUUGGUGUUGAAUCUGGGAAUUCAUGUUUACUUGUUAAGGACUGGUGCUAGGUCUCUGUUACAUUACACUAAUUGAUGCUGUAGAAUAUUGUACUUUUGUUUGACAAAUAGGGGGAUUGGUUCCCAGUCUGAAAAUUGAUAUUAUUUUUAUAAAAGACAAGUUAUUGCUUUGGUUGCCUGUUUUCUUUUGAAAAGUGCUGAACACAAACAUUAAUUCAGUUAUACAUAGUAAGAUACCUGUUCUUUACAUUUGUUUGCAGUUGAGACUAGAGUAAGAUUUCAAAAUCAAAGAACAUUAAAUUGGAUAACUACAGUUCUACUUUUCUAUAAACAGCAUUCGUGUAAUAAUGAAAAGAUUAAAAACUUGAAGCUGUCAGUUGAAAGCAGGUUUCAGUUAAGUGAUGGGUUACAGUGCAGAAUAUCACAGUAAUAAUCAUAUUACCUUAUAAAAGUGGCAUUCUUAAGUUCUUAGUAGCAAGUUAACAGGGAAUUCUCAAUGCAGAUUUUUUAGAGUAGACACUUUGUUUCUAAACACAGUGAGAUGUUUUCAGACUUAUGCAUUUCUUUGUUCUGUAAACUACAGUUACUUCUUGCAGUGGCAACAUGCCUUUGUACUUCACUGUUCUUCAAUUUAAAAUCAAUAUUAACUCAGAUAUUUGAGUUACCAGUUUGUCACUUGAAGGAUUUCCUUGCAGUGAUGACGCAAAUUUUCAGUUUGACUUUUUCUUGGUCAUUCUUACUUAUUAAAAGCAUUGUAAUGAACACAAGAAAUUGUGUUCGUAAAUAAAAGUUUGUAUAUUCCGUUAAGAAAUAACACAAACCUGGAAGGAGAUACACAUUAAAUCAGAUAUAUAAUUGGCAAAAGAUUACCUCAUAUUUUUGUAUUAAUGGCUUGAACUACAGUAUAUUAUGAAGAGUGUUUUCAAGUUUUAUUUAACCUUCACCUGCCAUCUGAGAUGGGGCUUUCCUGUAAGUAAAGCUCAAUGUAAAUGGUAAUGGAUAACUGUAAAACCCCUUAAAUAGUCAUUCCCUGUUUUUAUAAUUCACAUAUUGUACUUAACCAGGAGGAAUGUUAUAUUACAGAGUGUAAGAAUUAUAUUUCUUUGGAAUUGCUGGGUCAGAAAUGGUGGAACUUAUGACUUUCAAUGCAAACAGAUCUCUUGUAUGUAGUUUAUAUUAAGGUUGGUGAAACAGAAGGGAAAAUAUCACAGUUUUGUGAUGUUUAAAGGAGUUAAAUUAAUUAAAUAAAAAAAUGAUAUUCUUAAUUGAGUUGUCUGUGAGUAAAAUUAAAUGAUAAGGUGAAUUAGUAUUUCUGCAUUGUUAUAAAAGAUGUAGUGAUACUGUAUAUGCUAAAUAUCUUUUGAUCCAUUGUUUAUGGUACUAAGACACAAAUACAUAUUGGAUAUCUCUUCUGUUUAGAAAUAGCAUUUACUGAAAACACAAAAACAAAAUUGUUGUCAUUUUGGAUGAAAUGUUCCUAAUAAACUUUGAAAUGGGGCAGCAUUAAUAUACUGAGAAGAGCACAUUUAAAACAGCUCAAAAUUAGUUUAGAUUAUCAGAGUAAAUAUGUCUUGCUCUGAGGUUAUUUAUUUAAUUGCCACUUCCAUAGUGAAGAGAAAGUUAAAAAUGAGAAAGAGGAUAUUUCUUUUUGGUCUUAUGAAAGCUUUAUUGAUAGGAUACAAUUGUAGGAACAAGGGAUCUGUGUAGGAGGAGGAUUUGUAGCAGAAAAAUUAUUUUUUUUUGCUGUACUUUGAACGUUCAUUUGAUUUGUGCUUUUAUGCUUUCUUGUCAUUCUGUAAUAUGUUGUAGAAUGUUUUUAAGCUGUAGUUGAGAUUCUCCACUUUCAGGUUUGUAUCAUUAUCGUUUUAGAACAAUAAUCUGAUAUCUUCUAAUGGUUUAAAAAUGUAGUACAACUCAUUUCUGUUCACAUUAGAUGUGAUGGACCCUUUGAACCCAAGUAUGAAGAUUAAAUAUAUAAUCCUUAAUAUGGUUUUAGUGUGAAACAAGCAGCCAUUUUACAUAGAAAGAUUUUGUAUUAUAUGGCUGCCAUUUACACCCACAUGACUAAGUGCUUUUGAUAGAACAAUGCAUUUUGGCUUAUAAAAUGAAAUUGGGGUUCAUAAAUUUAGUUGGUAAUUGUAAAAUGUAUGUUUAAUCAUACUGCUGACUUCUUGAAUAUACUCACCCAUUCACACUGCAUGAAUUAUGUUUACAUAUUAAAAUUAUUCUCAGUAUUUCUAAAGGAGACUUUUAACAUGUUACGUGUAUGUAUUUUUAUUGUCAAUGUUGCACCUUUUUAAUUAAUUUUCCAACCAGAAGAUCAUUUUGAUAAGACAGAGUGAUUUAUAUAAAAGCACUUGUGGUUGUGUACAGCAGGUGGAUGAGAUAAAUUUGUAUUCAGUGGGGGAAAAAUGAACACUGUAUGUGUUUUGACAGCACUGAGAAAUGCUGCUCUCUUCUGAAUUUAUUUGUUGUGUAUUGUCACGUACUGUUGAUAGGCACUAUGUUAGUCCUCUUAAUGAAGCCUGUGUAUACAUUUGGAGAAUCUGAAUGUUAUGAGUGAGUAUAUAUGUGUGUGUUAAUGCUGGGGAGUUGCGAGAGACUUUACUUUGGACAGGAGACUACAGAUUGUGCACUUGAUGUAGAAUAUUGUUCAAAUAUGAAUUAUAAUCUUUACAUUGUAACUUCAAGGCUGUGAUAUAGGCUGUAUUGACUUAGAGGCCAUUUUGUGAUUUAUGUUCCCUGCCAUGUACGUAAUCCUGAAUAAUGAAAAACGUGGUAUUGACUGAAUAUCAUAAUCAUAUUUGAAACAUGAUUAAUUUGUGUUUCAAAUCCUUGCAACUCAUAUUAGUGUCUGUAAUUUCCACUUUCACAAUUCUUUAUAUGAAAGGAAUGGGGUUUUAGAGUGCAUAGUUUUAAUUUGUGUAUCUAAGAAUCCUUCCUUUAUCUUUGUUAUAUGGCUACAUUUUUACUCCAACCUAGAUAUAUAAAUUAAUUAGCAGUUAUGUCUUCUUGAGAGGGUUCUUCAUUUGCAUUGUCGACACAUGGCUGUAAUAUGUAGAAACUCUUGAGUUCAAUAGCUAACUAUUUUUAAGAAAAACUGAAUCAAGUAAUGUCAGACCAAAAAUGUUAACUUCAGUUGUUGAGCUCUGCCAUCAGAAUUAUUUUAUACUCAUAAUGAAUGACAAUGUGACCACCAUAUAUUACAAUAUAAAGUAUGCAAUUUCCUAUCAGUCAUGUAUGAUUCUGACACAGUUGUUAAUAUAGCAUGUGACAGUUUGAGGCUACAAAACCCAGCUGUGUAAAGUGCUGACGUAUUGCACAUGUGUAAUCGUGCUUCAGUCUCUGAAACUGCUGUAAGUGAAAAAAUCUUGCUAUGUAAUGAAUAAUAUGAACUCUGUGUUAAUUAGACUGGCUUUAGAAUUGUGGGAUAAGACAGAAAGAAGAUAUAAAAUCUCACUUUUUGUUAGAUUUUGUCUUUUUUCCAUGAAUUAUAAAUGCAGCUCAAAAUGAUGCAAUGAUGUGUGAAUGAAACUAUACCUAAAAUUAAUACGGUGCUAUUACGUAUGAACAUUGUUGGUUUUCUGUGAAAACGUCUUUAUUACUGUAAGUGUGAAUACAUUAAGCUUUGUUUUCCAUGAUUUAAUGAUUAGUCAUUUACAUACAAUAUGAAUAAUGUGUUGAUUACAGCACUUCUCCUGGAUCAGUAUUUUUUUAAAAGCUGACAAAAUAGACUGCAGUAAUAUUGAACAUAAAACAAGAUGACAAAUAUCCUCACAACAACACAAAAUAUAUAUGGUAAUAAUAAUAAUCAAGACCUGAAUGUGCUUUGUUAUCUGAAUACGCUUAGAAUUUGAAAUGGUUCUGACUAAUGGUGAGUCCACAUAAACAAUAUUUAGAAGUGUUAAUUCACUUGCAAACAACUUUACCAAUAUUAAAAAUUUACACUAACAGAUUUUGUAUGACAAGGUUUACCACAGUCUUUAAACUGAUUUUAAUUACAUUUAAAACUGAUUUUAAAAAAAGAAGAAGUUGUAAGUUACUGUUAUAAUCUGUAUGUAAUAAUCUGUCUGCAGUUGUAAUUGAUGUAAAACAUAAGUGAAAUCAGUCCAGGUGAUAAAUCCACCAUUAGACUUGUUAAAACCAAGCAUUUUAUACGAAUAACACAAGUUUCUUUUGUACAUAUGUAUAUUGUUUAUUUUUUAACUUUGGUAAUUUACCUGUCAGUUGAAAGAAAAAUAACAUACAAAGGCUUUCCCUUUCAUUUCCAGAGUACCACAUUUUCAUGCCCUGUCACCAAAAUUACACUGGAGAUUCUCAUUCACUUUAGCCACUUUUAGAUACCUCUAUUCAUUUUUAACCUGUAAUAAUUCCAUUGGUAAAAACGUAGAUAAGCUAUGUGGGCUGCUGUUUAGAUCACUAUUUUAAGUCACCUUCUUAACAAAACGUGAAAUGUGCCACACAAAACAUGUAUAAUCCUUUUAAAUUAUAUUUGCAGUUAAGGCUAUGUAGUCCGUACUUUUAUUGAUCUGAGAAAAUUUGAGACCUAUAUUUUGCAUUAAUUUUAACAAAAUUAAACUUGUUACAUUAUGGUAAUACACAUCUUACAUAUAUGAUGAAAAUCGUAUAAGAAAAUUAUGUGAUGCUCAUUUACCCUUGUUUAAAGCUAAUGGAAUCUUAAGGUGCCCUUUUAAAUAAACUUCAUGAACACAGUUGUGGAAUUAUAUAUUUACUUAUUUUGAGGUGUUACAGUAAUUAGUAUUUUUAAUUGCUAGUUUUAUAUUUGAAUUACUGCUGUGUUAAAUCCAAUUGAAAUUAAAAUUUGUCAUGUCAGUGAGAGUCAGUACUUGUUGGGUGCAAGACAUUUGCAAAAAUAACCUGAAAGGAUUAUAAAUGCGGUUUACACUGUACAUUCAAUCUUAUAAAUACUAGUUAUAAUGAACAUCUAGGGAAUGAGGGCUGAAGUAAACAACUGUGUCAAAGAGCACAUUGUAUGGGAAUUGUGAUAGUUUUACCAAUUUGUCACCUAGAAAGUUAAAAAAUGUUAAUCAUAUUCAAGAUGCUGUAGAUGAAGUUAAAAGAGGAAAAACACUUGUGGGUAAUGACAGUAUGAGCUAUCAAGUUAACAAUUUUUAAAACUUCUUCGUUAAGUCCUGUGGUUUGCCGUGGUGUUGAUUGUGCGUGGUAUGUUCACAUUCCUAAUUGUUAUUUAAAAAAGAAUCAACCUUUAUACCGUAUUUACAUGAUGUGUUUUAAUAUGCUAAUGUUAAACAGAGGGAUAAGAGAAACCAUUUUAAAUCUGUACAUGGCUUACAAAUUAAUCUGGUCAUUAAAUAAAUUUGGCAACUUUUUCUUUUGCAUCCCCCGAGUACUGUUAGUUAAAAUAAUAUUGAAGUCUUUAAAAAGGAGAUUGGAGACUUCUGCUGGAAUUCGCAUGUCCAAUUAAUACUAGCUGUACAUAAAUCUGUUUACGGGUUAUUUUAAAGAAACAGAAAAGGUGAUAUUAAUAAACUAUUGUAUAUAUUAAGGGAUGAAAAACUUCAUAACUUCCUUCAUAAAGGAAGGAACAUACAGUACAUGCUGAAUUUGUAUUUGUGUAAAUAGUUGUCUUAAUGCAAAGUGUGAAAGAAUAAAACUUUGAACCAUCGAA